AUGGGCCACCCCAGAGCUGCUGCCACGGCGCUGCUCUGCCAGCUGAGUCUCUCCUCAGCCAUCCAGUGGCUGGGGUUGCUGGAGAGUGCCAGGGGGGUGGCCUGGAAUGAGAGCCAGCACUGCAGGCUGCUGGUGCCAGAGCAGGUCCAGCUGUGCCGCCGGAACGUGGAGGUGAUGCCCAGCAUCGUCCGUGCUGCCCAGCACACCCAGGGGAUCUGCCAGCACACCUUCACAGACAUGAGGUGGAACUGCUCCUCCAUCCAGAGUGCCCCCAGCUUUGGGCCUGAGCUGCUGAAAGGAACACGGGAAGCAGCCUUUGUGUAUGCCCUGGCUGCUGCUGCUGUUGCCCACUCCAUCGCCCGAGCCUGUGCCUCUGGGGAGCUCCCACUCUGCUCCUGCAGCUCCAUCCCUGCUGAGGUGCCCAGCCCAGGCUCCAGGUGGGGUGGCUGUGGAGACAACCUGCACUACGGCCUCCAGCUUGGUGCUGCUUUUGCUGACAGCUCCUGGAAGUCCAGCAAGUCAGGGACACGCAGGCUCAAGGCCAUGAACCUGCACAACAGUGUCAUGGGACGCAGGGUGCUGAGUGACUCCCUGGACACCAAGUGUAAGUGCCAUGGUGUUUCAGGCUCCUGCUCAGUGAGGACCUGCUGGAAGGGGCUGCCAAACCUGGAAGAAAUUGCCUCUGAGCUCAAGGCCAAGUACCUGGUGGCCAUCAAGGUAAGCCACCGGCUGGUGGGGCCCAGGAAGCAGCUGGUGCCCAAGGACAUGGAUGUCAGGCCAGUGACAGAGACAGAUCUGGUCUAUCUCAUCAACUCUCCUGACUACUGCACCCCAAAUCUCCUCCUGGGCUCUGUGGGGACACAGGACAGGCAGUGCAAGAAGACCUCAGUGGGCAGUGACAGCUGUGACCUGCUGUGCUGUGGCCGUGGCUACAACACCUACAUGGAGGAGGUGGUGGAGAGGUGUCACUGCAGGUACCACUGGUGCUGCCACGUGGUGUGCAGGAAGUGUCGGCGCCAGGUGGAGAGAUAUGUCUGCAAAUGA